AAUAAGGUCGCUUUGGUGCCAGCGUAUACCUUCUGUCUCUCUUUCAAUGCUCCCCCGCAGCGCCCCGGCGCUACCUCUACGCUGCGCAUCUCGCGCGACCGACGAACGCGCUGCAUGAGAAUGUGCAAGACGCGUCGUAGCCCCGCACUCGGUCGCCGCCUGUGCAUGCGCACCUAUAACGCCCACCAUGCCGGCCGCGAGACCGCGGGCGUCUUUUGAGCCUAUACCCCCAGACUUCGACGUGCACACCUUUGUCGAAACGGCCGAUAACCUUCAGUAUGCGGACCGCAUCUCUUAUGAGAUGAUCGCCAAGAAUGGUAUGGAGCAGUUCGAGAAGCUUGUGCUGCUGCAUGUCAUAAUUGGCGGGAAACCGCUUGUUAUCGACGGUUUCGAGCAGGUGCUUGAUCCAUGGCCAUUCACGCCGUCGUGGCUUCGAGGCAACAUGGGCGAUAAAGCUGAGAAUGCGCGCAACCUCACCUCGAAGUCGAAUAUACCCCUUACGAUCAAGCACUAUCUCAAAAACAUGAGUCGACUUACUGAUCAGUUCUUCGAUGACCCUGAGCGUUAUCGCGACAACACACGGCAGCGUGUUUAUUUGAAGGACAUUGAUUGCCCGGACGUUUGGCGAAACAAGGUGAAGGAACAUAUUCCACCAGGGCUUUUCUACUUAAACGAGAGCACUGGUGAAAUAGGCGGGCCAGGAGCUCUCAACGAGCCUAGUGGUCGCCAAGGUCGAGGUAUUGGCCGUGCAGGCGAUCUGAUGAGCAGCCUGCCAUCAGAAAUGCGCGCCGAGAACCUUAUGUGCUACAUUGGUCACGAAGGGACCUACACCCCCGCCCAUCGAGAGAUGUGCGCGUCUCUCGGCCAGAAUAUAAUGGUACACGCAUCUACGACAAUUGGUGAAGACGGCAAACCCGAGCGACCGGGUUCUUCUUUGUGGUUUAUGACGGAAUCAAAAGAUCGGCAUCUCGUUUCUGAAUACUGGCAGUCGACACUCGGACACGAUAUUGAAGUAGAGAAUCACUUCGCACAGCUUAUCGCGUGGAAAAAAGCACCUUUCAAGACGUACGUGGUGGAGCAGCGAACUGGCGAUUUCAUUCUGAUUCCGCCCCUGGCCCCUCACCAGGUCUGGAAUCGGGGCACUUGUACCAUGAAAGUAGCCUGGAACCGAACAACCGUCGAAACCCUGGAACUGGCCAUGAACGAAGCGCUACCAGCCUCUCGCAUUGUAUGUCGGGACGAACAGUACAAGAACAAGGCAAUCGUGUACUUCACUCUCCUCAAAUACUCGAACCUGAUCAAGAUUGCUCGGGCACAAAGCGAACUCGUAGGUGAACAAGAAGAGACCAUUCGCCGCUCACUCAAGAUACGGCACGUUCAACGAGAUUUCAAGAGGUUGUUUGACCUCUAUAAGAACAUCUUGCUUUCGGAAAUGUUUGCGCCUGAAGCGCAACAUGGCCGUGAACAUCCCGAGCUCUUACCUUUCGAUGGCAACGUCACUUGCGCUUACUGUAGGUGCAACAUCUUCAACCGAUUUCUGACUUGCAAAUCUUGCAAAAACUUUUACAGUGAAGAGAUUGAGGAGCCGUACGAUGUUUGCAUGGACUGUUAUUGUAUGGGUAGAGGUUGCGGAUGCCAGUCAGGGUAUACUUGGGUUGAGCAGUGGAAGUGGAAAGAUCUCAUGCACAGGUACGAGGAAUGGCGCUCCCAGAUAGUCGAAAUUGAAGGGCACAUUACGGAGAAGACGCCACUGCCGCUACAAGAAGAGAGGCAUUAUUUCAGUAAGAAAACACUCGCUCAAGUAUGUCAGGAGCAACUCAAGAUCCGGCCUUUUGUGGAUAUAAAGAAUCCUCAUCGUGAAAACGGGGAAUCGGAGGAAGACGAGCCACAGAUUGACGCGAAUGGCUACCCCAAACCUGCGAAGAAGAAGCCCAAGCAGUGGCUCAGUAAAUACAAGUCAUGCCAUGUUUGUCUGCAUCGACAUCCCAAGUGGAAAAUGGCUUUCUGCACCAAUUGCGAUUAUGCCUACUGCUACGGCACCCUGUUCCGAGCCCACGACACGAUGCCAUUGGCUGUCAUGGAAGACCCCGCCUGGAAAUGUCCGCAUUGUAAUCGCAUUUGCAACACGGGGAAAUGUCGAAGCGAUCCUCGACAAAAUUCGUACGAACCCAAGGGGACCUUGUUAGGCCAUGAUACGAGAAUGGUAGCGGAUCCGCGAUCAGUGGAAUGCCUUGUAGACUUUAGCGUCUCGAACUUGAACUGGGUUCGUGAAGAGGACGUCGCCAUGGAGAACCGACGCGCAGCCGCUGAGCGCGCAAAGUUGGCGAAUCCAGAAUUUGAUGAUCGUUACGUGGAUCUUGACCACGACCCGAAUCGCAAUGGUAUCGCCUACUCACCGGUGAACGAGAACGACGAUAUCGAAGGACAUUUGAACGGAGCCAACGAUAGCGGUUUAGCACGAGCCAUGGACGAUCCCUUCAACGAAAGUUCUGUCCAUCCAGAUCCCGACCCGAAUGCAGAGAUACCGCGUCUCGGAAAGCGCAACCGCGACGAUGAUGAAGACGUCAAAACAAGCCGCAAGAAAAAGAAAAAGAAGCAAAAGAAAAGCACUGAUGACACAUCGCAACGCCUUGAGCCGAAGAGCACUUCUGGCAAGCAGUAUCAGAAGGAAGUACAGCGAAAGCUGCUUGAUGAAGCUAGGCGAAAAGACCAAUAUGUCCUUGUGGCCGCUAGGAUGCAAGGAAAGUCUAAGGUUGUGAAAUUGCGAUUUGACCCUGACCUUCUUGAGGCAAUACGGAACAGACCAGUGCUCGAGCGUCCAGCACCAGAACAGGACCGCGAAUCUACCGAGGAAGCAGAAAAUACAACUGGGAACAUCCUCCAGUCCGACAUAAUGGCAGUCAAGAAACCUGCAGUGACCCCUGCGCAAAAGGAGAAGGCGCAGAAGACAUUUCGUGUUCGUGUUAAUGAUGAUGAGACUUAUUCUACGCGAAAACGUAACCCAGAGGCCCACUUGCCAGGCAAAUCUGGUCGCCCUGGUCAACGAAAAUCACGCUUCGAAGAAAUCACCAUCGAUUCUGAAGAAGAGGAUGCGGAUUUCACGACUGGAUACGGUGCGCUAGGAACUCGUCGAACGAGUGGUAGAGCGUCCAGCUGGCUCGCACGAAAGAACGAAGGCGAGGAAGACUUGCCUACUGAGCUGCCUGAAGACUUUAGGGAUGGUUUGGUCAAUCCGAAUCGCGAGAAGAAUAUUGAGAGGAAUCGGAUCAGAAACCAGCAAAUGGCUGAGCGACGCAAGUCGAUGCCGUCAAAACCAACCGCCAAGGUUCGCCCACCUGGACCCGGUCGGCCACGCAAGAGCACAAGUGCGCUUCCGGACGAGACUGGGGCGAAUGAGGAUAAGGAUGGUGUCGACGAAGACGACGACACUGGUGAGGCUCUACUACUCGCACAAUCUACCACUACGGCUUUCGAAGCGCAACGUAAGGCAGAAGAAGAGAAGGCGCGCGCCGCUGCUGCUGAGAGGGAAGCUCAAGAGAACCUUCGUGCGAAGAUGGGAAUCGCCGACGAGUUCUUCGGCGGCUCAGACGGAGACUUCCUCACCGGAUUCAUCAACAACCUUGCCGCAGAAGAUGAGCCUCUCGCCCACGAGCGCGCCCAGCCUUCGCCUGCCGCUACUGGACCGCCUCUGCAAUCCACAAACUCCAUUUUCUCCAAACCUGGGAUGGUGAGCAAGAAGAUCAAGAUCGUAUCCAAGUGCAGUGGCAGUGGGGCGGCCAAGACGACCACGACAAUGACGGUCACAGCACCCCCGUCAAGCUUCACUGCCAUCAAUAAGAAACCGUCCAAAAGCAUUAAUGUUUCCGAGUCGGAGUCUGAUAGUGAAGAUGAGAUACCGGCGAAAGCGCCUGCACCGAAGACGCCGGUUGGUAAGCCGCCAGGCCGGCCGUCGUUGGUUCCCACGAGGGCUACUAUCUCUGGGCGCGGACGGGGACGGCCGCGAGGUAGGCCGCGCAAGUCGGGCUGAGAGCGUUGUGCGGUAGACGUAUGUGUUGAGUGCGCGUCUUGCAGUGUGGUCGAAGACCUCGACGCGAUGUUCGUACUGGAGAUUUAAUGAGACGAAACUUG